AUGGAGACUUCAGACGUUCAGCCUCUGCGGGUAUCCAAGAUGAGCCGUCUGCCAGGCCCGGCCGUUUACGCAGGACUCGCCGAACUGAGCGAGUCACAACACAAUGCUCGCACGCAGACAGCAAUACCAGCUCCGCCCGGAGUCAAGCCUCUCAUGAAACGAGAGAUUCCACAGCCGGCACAACAACCCGAGCCGAAACGCAAGCCUUUGGCCGACCGGGCUGUCGAGUAUCCGGCGUCGAAUUCUGUCGCUGCCUCUACCGCUAGUAAAUUGGCGCUCAAGGGACAAACUUUGCCACAGCUUAAGCGGCCGACGCGACAGACUGCAAACACCGCGGCGCCGACUCCACUGACCAGCUUUGCGAAGAGCUUUGGCCCUUCUCGAAAUCAAUCUGAUCGACUGAAUCCAUCAGCCUUCCGAUCUAGCCAUGCCAGAUCAAAGAGCCAAGCCGCCAGGCCAAGGACGGCACACGGUCACCGGCCAGAAGAGCAUUUCGAGGAGACGACGUCCACUAAUGCUUGGGACGUUGACGGCAGAGUUGAUAGCAUGGAAUCUCAGUUCAAGGAGCUGAAAGACAUGGUAAACACAACGCUUGUGGAGCGAAAGGGUCACGAAGAUGCCCUUACUCUUGCCAAGACCAGAGUCUCGGAGCUUGAGGAGCAUCGGCAGAAACUGGAGGCACGAAACGAAGCCCUGAAAGCAGACAUUGACGUGGCUAGAGACGAGAACAGGCUGGCAAAGUACGAGCUGGAGAAGCUGCAGUGGCAGCAAAGCCGAGAUCUGGAAGACCUUGACAGGCGGCAUCGAGAAACCGUUGACGACCUCUCAAGACAGCACAGGAAGGUUGUUGAGGAUCUCAGCAAAGAAUUGGAUCGACUCAAGGACGAAGGAGAAAAGGAACAUCAGGCAAGAAUUGAUGGACUAAAUCGACACUAUCAGCAGGAAUUGGAAGACGAGCGCCAAAAGAGGAAUCGGGAGGUCCAGGACCUUAGAGCGCGCAUGGGAAAUGAACAACAAGACUUGAGUCUCGAGCUGCAGCGAAAAGACCGAGAAAUUCGAGACGCUCGGUUUGAAUGCGACAGUCUGAGGGAUGACCUGGAGCGUGAGAAGUCACUCAAGCGUAGCCUCCAGAUCAACAUUACGGAGCUGUCUGCGGCAAACACUACGCUUGAAGCCAAGAUCAACUCGCUUCGUUCCCAGGUCGAAUUCCUCGAAUCGGAUAGCAAGGCACAAUCAGACUCGUUUGCCAGUAUGGAGGCGAGACUGCAAGAGGCCCUGGCGGCGGCGGAGGAAGCCCGUCUAAAGCUCAUCAAGGAGGAGACUGAGCGAAGAAUUCUUUUCAACAAAUACCAGGAGCUCAAGGGCAACAUCCGGGUCAUGUGCCGAGUUCGACCUGCGACUGCCGAUGAUGGCUCCGAAGAAGCUGGCAUUUCGUUCCCCGACGAGAAGACAUCGGCAGAAAUUGUCCUGGCGGGACCCGAGGAGAAGAGCAGCCUUGGCAUUGUAUCGAGAAAGAACUACCCUUUCGAGUUUGAUCGUGUGUUUGCUCCCAGCGUUCAAAACGAAGAGAUAUUUGGAGAGAUCUCUCAGCUCGUCCAAAGCGCCCUGGAUGGGUAUAACGUUUGCAUCUUCUGCUAUGGUCAAACGGGGUCUGGAAAGACAUACACCAUGUCUUCCAAGGAUGGCAUGAUUCCCAGAGCUACACACAUGAUUUACGACACCAUGACGAAACUCAGGGAGAAGUCUUGGGAAUACACAAUGGAGGGUUCAUUUGUGGAAGUCUACAAUGAGGAAAUCAACGACUUGCUCACACCGAAUGAACGGUCUUCCGAGGGAAGGUCGAAAAGACUAGAAAUACGGCACGACGAGGCCCGCAAGCAAACAAACAUUAUCAACUGCAAGACAGUCCAGCUGAACUCUGCGUCUAGCGUGGAGCGUAUUCUUGACGAGGCCGAAAAGAACCGAUCAGUGGCAGCCACUAGAGCAAACGAACGAUCUUCACGAUCUCACAGCGUCUUCAUCCUGAAGCUCGUCGGUGAGAACAUGGCCACCGGUGAACGUUGCGAAGGCACCUUGAAUCUUGUUGAUUUGGCUGGAUCUGAACGCCUGAAGCACUCGCAAGCGGAGGGCGAUCGAAUGAAGGAGACACAGAACAUCAACAAGAGCUUGAGCUGCCUCGGGGACGUGAUCGAGGCGCUCGGCAGGGGAUCUGGCCAUGUUCCGUACAGAAACUCCAAGCUCACGCAUCUAUUGCAGUACAGCUUGGGCGGGAACAGCAAGACGCUCAUGUUUGUCAUGGUAUCGCCGUUGGAGACGCAUCUGAAGGAAACGUUGACUAGCUUGCGCUUUGCUACAAAGGUAUGA